AUGGGUCGCGUUCGGCUGCUCUUCGUGGCUGCGGCGGUCGGCUGUGCCGUCGCCGCUCAGACCGUGUUCCAGCAUACAGGGACGACUCUGCUCCUCGGCGGCCUCCCCUAUUUCGUCCCGCCAACGCCCGUAUCUCAGAUCGACGUGCUGGCGUAUGACGUACUGGCGUUGGUCGAUCAGAACGGCGGCUUGAGUAGUGGCUUCGUCCCGAUCUCAGUGAUACCCUCUGGGAAUACAGAGUUCGGUGAUAGUGCGCUCGCAGCGACGGUCCAGGCUUGGAAGGAGAAAGACGAUGUCUGGAGUGAGGCGUUUUUGAAAGGCGAGUGUCCAUGGAUAUACAUUGCGUACAAUGGAUCACAAGACUCCCCUUCUGUCUCGCUCACAGAUGAAUCCAAGGAAGGCUAUGGUAUACAGCUAGCGCUACGAGCAGCUAGCUACUCCGGAGGUGUCGAUUUGUCUAGUCCUUUACCAUCUGGUCCAUAUUUCCUGGAUCCGCUCAGUGGGAACGUCUUCGAAGCAUACCGCUUGUACGACGACGAAAACCAGGCUUUCCUGUACAGUACCAUCCCUGAUGACAGCGGAGGCUACGAAGUACUCUCGGCCAAGGUCCCAGGCGCUGCGACCGAGACGAUCGGCGUGCCCUCCAGACUGUACUUCACGCCGACUCCCGAGCAUCCGCUAGCCGGGAUGCGGUUCGCGGUGAAGGACAUCUACGACGUGCAGGGCCUGCGUACUGGCUGUGGCAACCGCGCGUACUGGGCGCUCUAUCCUCCGCGCACCCAGACCGCGCCGGCGGUGCAGCGCCUGCUGGACAGCGGGCUCGUGCUCGUGGGCAAGACGAAGAGCUCGCAGUUCGCCAACGGCGAGGUCGCCACGGACGACUGGGUCGACCUGCACGCCCCGUACAACCCCCGCGGCGACGGCUACCAGGACGGCAGCAGCUCGUCGACGGGGUCUGGGACGGCCGUGGCGGCGUACCCCUGGCUCGACUUCGCCAUCGGCAGCGAUACGGGCGGGUCUAUGCGGGGUCCGGCGGGCGCGAAUGGCGUCUUCGGCAACCGGCCCUCGCACGGGGCCGUCUCGCUCGACGACGUCAUGCCGCUUUCUCCGGCGCUGGACACCGCUGGCAUCUUCGCGCGGGAUGCGAGGGCGUGGACGGUCGCCGGCCAUUGGUGGUACCAGAACUUCACCGCGUACUCACAAUUCCCUCAAAACAUCCUCUUUCCGGUCGACUCCUUCGGCAGCAGCUACCUUACGCAUCCGCCCGCAGAUGGAACAGCCGCCGCGACUUUCAACAACUUUAUCCAGAAGCUGGAAGACUUCCUGAGGACAACGCGGACAGAGAUGAACCUGACGUCUCUCUGGCUGGAGACGAAGCCGAGCAACGUGUCGUCGCCGCUCAGCGAGAUGCUGAACACGACCUACCCAGUGCUGAUCACGACUGAUCAGACCUCGCUCCUCGCGGAGCCCUUCUUCGCCGACUACGCCGCCGCUCACGAGGGUCGCAAGCCCUUCGUCGACCCGGCGCCUCUUACUCGGUGGACGUACGGGUGGUCGCUGCCUGCCAGUGCUCACGACGAGGCCAUCGUGAACAAGACUACCUUCAUGGACUGGUUUGCUCGUGAGGUCGUCAGAGGCGGAGAUCCAAACACAUGUUCCGAGGGCAUCUUCCUGUAUCCGCAAAGCUCGGGGAGGACGACGUAUCGGAAUGCUUACUCAGGCCCGCCAGGGACACCAUUUGGCUUCUCUUCCGGCAGGAUAGCCGUCUUUGCAGAGACCCCCGACAUGGUGGUGCCAAUCGGCGAAGCUCCGUACAAUUCGACUAUCACCGGGAAGACAGAAUACCUCCCUGUCACUCUGAGCUUCGUCGCUGCAAAAGGCUGCGACCUGAUGCUGUUCAGUCUUUUCGCCGCUUUGCAAGAUGCGGGAGUGAUAAGCCCUGUUUCCACCGGUUCAAGGGUGUUUGGCGGCUCCUAG